GUUAUUUCAGAACUGUUCAAAGUAUCUACACGUUUUUUUUUCGUAUGUGGUUUUUCGGCUUCUCCUCAAAGGUGGAAUUUACUGCAAGAAAGCGGCUAAUGUGUAAAAAAAUUAAUUGAAACUAGAUGGUCCGCCUGAUUUGACGCUGUAAAUGCAUUAUUUAAAAACUGCGGAUCCAUCAAACAUAUUUUUUCCAGUUAAGCAAUAAUAGAGAUGAAAAAUCAGCAAAUAGAAGUGAAGCCAAGCCGCACUGUACAAUAAAAUGGAUACCUUUGAGACAGCUCUAUUGACACUGAUUUAGGCAAGAAUUUUGGAACGAGUGAAUGCAACAAGCAAAACGUUAGAAACUGUGGACUUAAACGUAGAAUGUGUCAAUUGGGUCAGAAUUAAUGGCAUCUCUUUUGAGCUUUGUUGGAGACGUAAGAAAUAAGUUUAGCGAAAUUAAACAAGAAGCGAAAACUUUCUUUUGCGAAGGCGAGGAUAUCUCAAACAUCUACUAGGGGAACUGCGGGUAUUACCGCCCAGCGGCAAAUACCGCCCACUCUAUAAAAUAUCUUAAAUAUAGAGAAAUAGUAACUUUGGCAACAUCGAAAUGACGCCACGAUACUACUGAGAGAACCGUGCAACAAGGUCGCCGGCCAUAAGCAUAUUUAGUUGUUUCAGAGAAGUCAACGUGUUUUGUGUGGUGCCACUAUAAUUUUUAGGAGCUCGAAAAUAAUUUGAUAAAGAAUGCCAAAGACAAUGAUGAAUUCGCGGAAAAAGGCAACAUGGAGCGCAGAACAGCUUCAGGAAGCUAUAAAUGCAGUUAGAAGCGGAAAGGGGAAAAGGCAAAGUGCAAGAGAGUUUGGUAAUAUAUGAUCUUUAUUUUUUAAUCCAUUUUCUAAUGUUCUUUUUUCAGGUAUCCCAUAUUCUACAUUAAAAGAUAGGUUAAAUACAAACAAUGCUUGUGCAGCACAACUAGGUCGUCAUCCUAUAUUUUCCACUGAACAAGAAAAGCGAGUGGCUGAUCGCUGCAUCUAUUUGGCAAAGAUGUUCUAUGGUCUAACGGCCACUGAUUUACGAAAAAUCGUCUACGAGUUUGCGGUUAAAAAUAAUAUCAAACACUGCUUCAACGAUGACAAAAAAAUGGCCGGUAAAGACUGGCUUCAAGCUUUCUUAAAACGGCAUCCAAAUCUUAGUUUGAGGAAACCCGAGGCAACCAGUUUAGGGAGAAUUUCGGGUUUUAAUGCUGAAAGUGUAGGCCUUUUUUUUUCAAAAAUUUAAAUAUAGUUUUAACAAAAUAUAACUUUCAAGCCUGCCGCAUAUUUAAUGUUGACGAGACAGGCAUUACCACGGUGCAGGUUCCAUCCAAAAUUGUAGCUCCAAAAGGUGUCAAACAACUGGGAAAAGCUGUAAGUUGGGAGAGAGGUCGAAAUAUAACUCUGUGCUGCUCAGUAAGUGCAUCAGGGAUAUAUAUACCUCCGAUGUUUAUUUAUCCUAGAAUCCGAAUGUCGGAACAGCUUAAACGCAAUGGACCGGUAGGUGCCAUAUAUGAAUGCUCGGCCAAAGGCUGGAUGACUGUAGAAUUAUUCUUGAUUUGGCUUAAACAUUUUAAUAAACACGCAUCUACUUCGAACGACAACCCAGCAUUGCUGUUGCUAGAUAAUCACAGCAGCCAUUGUUCUUUAGCUGCUUAUGAAUUUUGCCGUGAAAAUGGGAUCAUUAUGUUAUCGUUUCCGCCCCACACGUCCAAUAAGCUACAGCCACUAGAUUUGACAUUUUUUUGGGCCGCUAAAAUCUGCCUAUUCAAAUGAAUGUUCACAAAAAAAUAACACCAUUUGAUGUAUCUGAAAUUUUGAAUCGAGCAUUCGUUCGUGUAGCUACCAUGGAAAAAGCUCAAAAAGGCUUUGAAAUAAGCGGUAUUGUUCCAUAUAGACCAAAUAUUUUCACGGACGAAGAUUUUUUGCCUUCUACCCUUUCUAAUAUUCCCGCUGUUGAACUACAACUUCCUGAAACUGAACUUACUCCCUGUACCUCUGAAACAAAUCGAGUGCCUUCAAAAGAUGCAGUCUUGGAAACAAAUGAACCUAAUGUUAUUCCAAGUACAUCAAAAGCCAACGAAGCUCAUGCAGAUGUCACUCCUUCAACAUCAAAAUCAGGAAUUACAAAUGAAAGACAAGGAGAUAUAUCGAUUGAAGAAAUGACACCGUUGUGUGUCAUAACUGAAAAUAAAUUAAAAAAGAGGGGUAGAAAAUUAGACAUUUCAAAGAUUUUGACGGCAACUCCAGAAAAAAUAGAACUGGAGCAAAAAGAAAAUAGAAAAAUACAAAAGAAAGAAAAGCAAAAACUUUCAAAAAAUGUAAAACACGUUAAUAAAAAAAUUAAACGUGUUACGAGGAAAGUCUUCGAUGAUAGUUCUUCAAGCGGUUCAUCCCUACACGAUGAAAUGGAGAUUUGCAAUGACCACAGUUCCGAUGAUCCCAGCAGCGACGUAGAAGAAGAGUGCAUCUAUUGUGGCGAAUAUGGAAAAUCGGAAAUGUGGUACAGAUGCGGAGUUUGCCAUAAAUGGGCGCAUAAAGAAUGUAGUGGUUACGAUAAUCACAAAAGUUUUAUAUGCGAUUAUUGCAAAUAGAGUGUAGUUUGAAAUGUUUUUUUACUUAAGUAUUUUUUUGAAUGUUUUUUUAUAUAAAAAAUAUAUAUAUGUUGUUUGUGCGUAAAUAAUUAUGCGUUUGAUUUUUAUACAAUGUAAACCCUGGGCGGUAUUAUACCAUCAGUGGGCGCUAUUACCCGCAUAGUCUGAUAAUUCCGCCCAAGUGUAGGUUUGUGAAAAUAAAUGUCAUACUCCGCAAAAUAAAAUAAAUGAAUACUUUAAGGCUUAAAUAAUUAGAAGUAGAUAAAAUGACUGUAUUUUGACAGUUGAUAUUUUUUAUCAAGACCUGUAGUUUUUGAAUAAUUCAGUAAAUUGCUUAAGUGGGCAGCAAUACCCGCACUUCCCCUAUACAACUGACCUUCAAAGAAUAAAGAAAAUAGAAACAUUUUUCGAAGAAGCAGGUGAAAGUCAAAUAAUUUUAAAGGGACAAGAGAUAUUCAGAAUUGAAGUAUUUAAUGUUAUAUGCGACAGUAUUACUCAAGAUCUUUUAAAGAGAAUUGAAUGCUACAAGGAUGUAACAUCAGCUUUUAGAUGUUCUUUUACGCUAGAUAAAGAAGAAGUCAAGACGUUAAUUAAUACUUUAUGCGAGAAAUAUAAAAAAGAUGUUGAUGAAACCAGAGAGAACUUGCAUAUUGAAAUUACCCAUUUUGUAACUUUAUGCCAAAAUUUAAAUAAACAUACAUUUUAUGAAAAAUUUGAUGUCAUCCAGGAUGUAAAGGCAACUUUUCCCAAUAUUUUAAAAUAAAAACAUAUUUAAGGUCAAAUUUCUGUUUCUGAUUUAUGUUUUUAAAUGUAUUUUUUGGAUUAUUUUUUAUAAUAAUACUCUCCCGUUUUAUACCACUGACGCGGCUUUGGGAUUAUAGCAGGAUAGUCUGCUAUAUCUAGGGCCUACGGUAUACAAGGAGGGUAACAGGGCCAGUGCUACGUUUCAACCGCCUAUUAUUACCCCUGGUUUUACCCAAGGUACCUACUCACUUUAUUCAGGCUGAGUCGACCUGAGACCUAUAGACAUUUUAAAAAUGUCUAGUUGUUCUUGCCGACGCUGGGAUUUGAACCCCGUCCUACCAGCACGCGAGUCAAGCAUACUACCGCCUGAGAUACGCCGACCCGGGAUUAUUUUUUACGUUUGCUAUUCUUCUUGCUUGUUUAAAAAAAUAUUUUAUGGCUUUUACAAUAAACCUUUAUAGUUAAUGCAUGUUUUCUUGUUAAAAAAGUGACAACGAAUAGCAAUGAAUGGGGCCCCUAAACCUCCAGCGCCCAGGGUCCGAAGUUAGGUUAAACCGGCACUGUUGAUGGCUCUACAUAAAUUAGCCCUUUUGCUGCAGAUGACUUUGAAAGAUGUCAUUUGGUUCUUAAGUAAGAGGCAGAUGAAGUCUUUCGGCACUUUGUUGGUUGAAAAAACAUCUUCCCUCUCUUCAUCUCGUCUCUUUAAUAUGGUCAUCAAUAUACUAUCUUUAUUUCAAUUGACAUAUGCAAAAAGUAUUGUUCUGUUCAAAGGUGCCCUAUACAAUCAUUCUAAAAUGAAUUCAUAUUGAAGAAAUUAUUUCCACAGUUGAAGUUGCCCUCCGAACAAAAAUUUGGAUUUGGAAUACAUAGAUCUCUGAUAAGAAGCCUUCCACAGAGAAUGAGGAACGUCAUUAGAGACAGCAGUGUUAAUAUCAGAUACUAAAAUGUUCAAUUUGUCCUUGAAAUUCCAUAUUUUUCAUAGAUAGAUAGAUAGAUAGAUAGAUAGAUAGAUAGAUAGAUAGAUAGAAAUAAUGUAUUCGUUUAGAAGUUUAUACAAUGUAUACAAUAUUACACAAAUUUAUCUGACUAGUUAAAAAAAAUAUAUGUUAUACAAAUGUAUACACACAUUAAAAGUUAAGUACAUUAAGAAUUUAAAAAUUCUUCAAUACUGUAAAAAGCAUGGCUAACUAGAAAUGUUUUUGAUUUUGUUCAAAGCAGUUAAUAGUGCCAAGAUGCAUCUUAUGUGUCACCGACAUGUCACUGAACUUAUUAAAACAUUUGAUCCCAAUGUAGCUAGGAGCAUGCUGUGCGACUCCUAGGCGGGAAAAAGGCUGAUGUAUGUUAUCCUUUAGGCGUGUGUUAUGUGGAUGUAGAUCAGCGUUAGGAAUGUUUGCUCAUGUUUUUUUAUAUACAUUAUUAAUUGUAAAAUAUAUAGGCUAGGAAGAGUUAAGAUGUUAGCUUUUAUAAAUAGUGGCUUACAUGAUGUAGUUGGUGAUACUUUAAACAUAGUUCGUAGUAUUUUUUUUUCGAGAUAUAAAAGCUCUAUUCAUAUAUGGACAUGAGCCCCAAAAUAUUAAGCAGUACUGAAGGACUGACUGCACCAAGCCAUAGUACAUUAGUUUUAAUAUAUGGAAGGAUACAGUAUCCCUUAUAUUUCUAAUUACAUAUAACAACGACUACUUAGCGUCGAGGUUACUUUAUCUAUGUGAUCUUCCCAACUUAGAUUUGGAUCUAGGAUCAGUCCUAAAAAUUUUAUUACUUUAGCAUUUUGAAUGGACUUGUGAUCAAUAUAUAGAUAAGGAUCAUAGUCAGGGGCUAUAUUCUUUGGUAAAAAUCUCAUGAAACUAGUUUUUGUUAUAUUUAAUUUAAGGCCGUUGCCUUUGCAAUACUUACUAAAUUCCUGAGAUGCUGUAUUGUCCUUGCUAACAAGCUGAUCAAAUUGAUGAUGUAAUAUAAUGAAGUUUGUAUCAUCUGCAUAUUCAAUAAUUUGAUUAGGAGUAGUGCAAACUUGGUUGAUAUCGUUGAUAAAAACAAUAAAGAAGAGAGGACCAAGAACCGAACCUUGUGGUAUUCCCAUGGAAGAAUUCAUUGGGUCUGAUAGUGUACCAUCUAAUAUUAUUGUUUGCAAACGAUUUGACAAAUAUGAUCUUACCCAGUCAUGUGUUAUACCUGGAACUCCCAUGCCUUCCAUAGAUUUUUAUUUUUCAUUUGUUGAAUAAUAAUUGUUAUUUUAAUUUUCUUGGUCUGUUGAUUUUUCAUUUUACUGGAAUAAAUCCAUUUCUGGCAUUUCCAAGAAAAUUUAGGAGAUACAACUUCUAGACCUAUACUCUAGACUUUAUACAUUUAUGGGAUACUUUUUCGACAAGUGUAUUUUCAUUCCUGAUACCCCUUUGUACUGAGAAAAAGUGAACAACUUACUCAAGGACCAAUUGUGAUCUCACCAAUUGAACAGUUGAACAAGAAAUGAAUUUUCUAAAGACAAAAUCAAAAAGGUUAUUAGUCGUAAAAAUUACAACUGCCCUAGGAAUUAGGGCUACUAUAUUAAAUUGUAACGACUGAAAUAUUUUUAAAUAUAUUUAGGGAAAAUUUUAUGGGUUUAGUAUAUAUACCCUCCCAUUAUUUAUAAUAAUUCUUUUUUCAAUUAAAGAAGUUUGCAAUAGUAAAUUUAUUUGACCUGUUAAUAGUGUGAGGAAGGAAUUUUUGUUGUAGGUUUCUGACUAUGAAUCUGUCAAAAUAUUCCCAAGGGAAUGAACUACGUAUUAGUCUAAGAGCUAGUGAAGCCUCCGACUAACGGUCUUCCUGUAAGGCUAGAAAUUUGUAUAGUGAUAAUUUGUAGCACACCAAGGCUAAAAACCAUGACCUGGCAGGCAUCAGCCCUGCACUUGUAUCUACCAGAUGAAUCGAAAAGUGCAUAGUUUAGGGGAAAAAUAAACUUUCUCCUGUAAAGUUUAAAUUUAAGUAUGUGUUUGAGUUAGUCAUUUAGAAGAAAUGUGUACAAUGACAGGCGAUUCUGAAGAGCAUAAGACCUUGCCAGGCGAGGGGAAAGAUUAGGGGUUUUUCCUAAAAUUAUUUUUUUUGCAUCGAACAAAGUUUUUUUUAGGUUUUUUGAAUCAUUCCAAACAGAAAAGGUCUUUAGUGACUUUUCUCUUAGGUUAAUAGUUUUUGUUAUGUAAGCGAAUAAAAAAUUUGAAAAUUGCGAAAUCGGCCAUUUUUAACCCUAAAUCGGACAUUUAACUAAAAAUUUCAAUGUUGCCAAGGUAGGUAGAUAUUCUUUAAACAUUGAUUGAUGAAAUUGAGAAGAGUUUUUUGCAAUACAAUAUCGAAAACCCCUUUGUUUUUUAAUUGCUAAUCAAGCGGGCACGACACUGUAGUAUAAAUGAGGACGUUUGAGUUUGCAUAAAUUCAUUAUCUCGAGAAUGGGCAAAUUUGAAGAGAAAUCCUCAGACAGGUUGAUUUUUAUUUUUAAAUUUAAGCUUUUUGGCAUAUGUAUAUAUAAUAUUAGUGACGUCAUCCACCUGGGCGUGAUGACUUAAUCGAUGAUUUUUUUAAAUGAGAGUAUGGAUUGUGUGAUAGCUCAUUUGAAAGUUUAUUUAAUUCUCUAUUCAGUAAUAUAAACCUUAACAUAAUUAUUUAUACAGGGUAUACAAAAAUUUUUUUUCUUCUGUUUAUGUAUUAUGUUAAUGUUUAUAUUACUGAAUAUAAAAUUAAAUAACCUUUCAAAUGUGCUAUCACACAACCCCUACUCUCAUUAAAAAAUCAUCGAUUACGUCAUCACGCCCAGAUGGAUGACGUCACUAGUAUUAUAUAUAUUGCAAAAAGUCUUAAUUUAAGAAUAAAAAUCGACCUGUCUGAGGAUUUCUCUUCAAAUUUGCCCUUUCUCGAGAUAAUAAAUUUAUGCAAACUCAAACGUCCUCACUUAUACUACAGUGUCGCGCCCGCUUGAUUAGCGAUUAAAAAACAAAGGGGUUUUCGAUAUUGUAUUGCAAAAAACUCUUCGGGAUUUCAUCAAUCAAUGUUUAAAGAAUAUCUACCUACCUUGGCAACGUUGAAAUUUGUAGUUAAAUAUCCGAUUUAGGGUUAAAAAUGGCCGAUUUCGCAAUUUUCAAAAUUUUCAAUCGCUUAUAUAAGAAA